GGGGAAAGGCCUGAGGCAAGGGCUGGAUAGCUCUUUCCUUUGUCUGGCUGCAGGCCAGCUCACCUCCGAGGCUGGUUAAUUACUAGCUCAUUAAGCUUCGGCUGGAGACCUCCCUAAUUACAUACUUACCCCCUCCCCUCUCUGCACAGCUCCCACACUCCUGGUCUUAAUUAAGUAAGACAGGGAGGGAGUCUUUAGGACUAGAAAUAUGAACAGAGCUGUCCAAGAACCCAGGCACCUGGCAUCUCUAGCCCCAUCCCUUAUCAGGAGUCGAAUGCCACCUCUCCCUCCAGCCUUUGGUUUCCUUCCCUAUAGAAUAUCAAAAUAAGCAUCAGGCCCUUAACUCUCGCAAUUCCAAUCUUCUCUCCAAAAGGACCUUCUCCCUCUCCUCUCAUCUUUCUCUUUUUUCCCCACCUCUUCUUUGGUCUCUGUUCUUUGGUCUAUCUCUCCGCCCACAACUCCUCCCUGUUCCUCCUCUUCUCUCUCCUCCUCUUCCUCCUAAUCUCCCCUCCCCCAGCUUCCCCCCUCCUCCCUCCCGCUCUCUCACACACACCCCCGCCCGGGCCUCCUCUCUCUUCGGCUCCAUUUUCUCCGCCGCCCGGGGCCGGGGUCUCCUCUGGGGGGGCUCAUCCCAUAUCUCAGAGCUUCCCCCAGGGCAGGGGCCCCCCAGGGAGAAAAGGGGGGGUGGCAGUAGGAGCAUCGGCCCAAGCAAUUUUUCAAGAAAAGGGGGGAACCCGGGAGAAAGGAGGGACUGAUCUGGGAGGGGCUCCGGGGGGAGGCCCCCCCCCCAGCCAUGGAUGAAAGGCUACUGGGGCCGCCCCCUCCAGGCGGUGGCCGGGGAGGCCUGGGGCUAAUAGGUGGGGAGCCAGGGGGAUCUGGGGAACCUCCCGGUGGUGGAGAACCCGGAGGGGGUCCGGGGGGGGUCCCAGGAGGACGGGGAAAGCAGGACAUCGGGGACAUCCUGCAGCAGAUCAUGACCAUCACCGACCAAAGCCUGGAUGAGGCCCAGGCCAAGAAACAUGCCCUGAAUUGCCACCGAAUGAAGCCUGCUCUUUUCAGUGUCCUAUGUGAAAUCAAAGAGAAAACGGGCCUCAGUAUCCGAAGUUCACAAGAGGAAGAGCCUGUGGACCCCCAGCUGAUGCGUUUGGACAACAUGCUUCUGGCAGAAGGGGUAGCAGGCCCCGAGAAGGGAGGAGGGUCUGCAGCCGCAGCUGCAGCAGCAGCAGCCUCUGGGGGUGGAGUGUCUCCUGACAACUCUAUUGAGCACUCCGACUAUCGAAGUAAAUUGGCCCAGAUCCGCCAUAUCUACCAUUCUGAGCUGGAGAAGUAUGAACAGGCAUGUAACGAGUUUACUACCCAUGUGAUGAACCUGCUUCGAGAGCAGAGUCGUACACGACCUGUGGCUCCCAAGGAAAUGGAGCGUAUGGUUGGUAUCAUCCACCGAAAAUUCAGUGCCAUUCAGAUGCAGCUCAAACAGAGCACGUGUGAAGCCGUCAUGAUCCUUCGCUCACGGUUCCUGGAUGCCAGAAGAAAACGCCGUAACUUCAGUAAACAGGCCACUGAGGUCUUAAAUGAGUAUUUCUACUCCCACCUGAGUAACCCUUAUCCUAGUGAAGAGGCCAAGGAGGAGCUUGCCAAGAAGUGUGGGAUCACUGUCUCCCAGGUCUCUAACUGGUUUGGCAACAAGCGGAUCAGAUAUAAGAAAAAUAUUGGGAAGUUCCAGGAAGAAGCAAAUAUCUAUGCAGUGAAAACUGCUGUGUCUGUCACUCAAGGGGGGCAUAGCCGUGCCAGUUCCCCUACACCUCCCUCUUCUGCAGGCUCUGGUGGUUCUUUCAACCUCUCAGGAUCAGGAGACUUGUUCCUAGGGAUGCCUGGGCUGAAUGGAGACUCCUACCCCAGUUCCCAGGUGGAAUCACUCCGACACUCAAUGGGCCCUGGGGGCUACGGGGAAAGUCUUGGGGGAGGCCAGACGUACAGCCCCCGGGAAAUGAGGGCUAAUGGUGGCUGGCAAGAGGCAGUGACUCCAUCUUCAGUGACAUCCCCAACAGAGGGACCUGGAAGCGUUCAUUCUGACACGUCCAAUUGAUCCAGUCUCUGUCUCAGGGGUGGGGGCACAUUGGAUGACUCCUGAAGAGGCCCUGUACAUCCAGUGAACACACCCCACCCAAAGGAGAAGCACAAGGCAGAGGGACAAAUGGGGCUUUUCCUCAUGAAGAAGGUGUCUCAGUGCUAGGUGUGCAAACCAGAGAGUGGGAAGGAUCUCCUAAGGGAUCCUUCUCCGUUUGCUUCAUUUCUCCCUCUACCCUACUUCUUUCCUUUAGUCUUAUCUCUGUCUCUCUCUCCCUCAUGACUUAUUCCUCUUGCCCUCCCCACUCCACCCUAUCCCACUUAUCCACUCUAGAAUUAGGCAGAGACGCCACCCUGCCUGCCUAGUGACGCCAAAAAUGGAGACAAGAUUUUUGGACAGAGGACACAGGCCAUACCCCCUGUGCACCCCACCCCCUGCCCCCUAAGACAGCUCUUAUUACCUCAUAUGCAGCUCAUCUUAAACCAAUAGAAUUGCUCGGUGGACAAGAGUGUCUGACUCAGAUAUCUACCUCGAAGGGAGUUUCUGCUACUUUAGAAAAAUGUUGACAGGCUUUGGAUUUUUUUUUCUAAGAAAAAAAAAAAAAAAGAAAAAAGAAAACCUGGGAUUCA